AUGUCGACUAGAAGUGAAGACGAUAUCGAUGACACGAACAAGUCUGUGCCACUUCUUCGACCCGUUUCGUCACUUUCAUUUCACACCUCACUCGCACGAUUGAGACAAAUCAUCAACCGACAAAGAGAUGUUCGAGCAGUCAUCCGUCUCAUGGCGUCUCAAGCACUGAUGGCAAUAGCGUUUUAUCUCAUCGAAUACAACCUAGUCACAUAUUGUCGAUUGUACAUCCAUCUGAAAGGCAAUCUCAUUUUGAUGGUUUUCUAUCGUGGCACUGCAUUCUUCCUGGCUCCCGUGUUUGGCUGGAUAUCUGACGCCAAGACCGGCCACUACAAAGUUCUUCUGACAGGAAUCACCGGUUUUCUGUUCGGCUCAUCUUUACUCUGCGUCACCUCAUACCUUAAUGCUCUUCCUUCCUCUGAUCCGUUAGACGGUAGCGUUACGAAAGGACAGGUCGGAUUCAUCAUUGCUUUAUUGCUGUGCAGUGUGAGUCAUGCUGCUACUCUGGCUACUUUCAUGCCCUAUAUUCUCGUCAGUCUGACGGCAACCAAUACGACCGAAGGUGUCCUCGCACACGUUUUCAGUUGUGUGUACUUUGCCAUCACCGUCGGAGGGUUAAUUGCCGCUGUUUCGGGAGGAUUUCUGCAAGCUCUACACAGUCCUUGGCGAGUCAGUGCAACUCACGACCGGAUAUCAAUAGUACACCACACAGAGUGCUAUGAGGCAUACACAGGAUUCUUCUAUGUUUAUCUCUUAGCGACCGUGUGUUCCCUAGCAGCGUUUCUCAUUCUCGUGAUAUGGCGCAAACAGUUCUAUAGACACACACCGGCUAUCGAUUACGUGCCACGUCUGACAUCUAUCGUUAUGCUGGCCUGUUGUCCGCGGAAAGAAAUGCCGCUGCCGUACGACAGGAAUCUAUUACCACAGCACGAACCGGAGUCACAAGAAGAACAGGCGGCUCUAAAUCGAGCAGACCAUUAUAAGCGUUUGUCCGUUCUCGUACCAAAACUCAUCGUUUUCAUUCUGUUUGGAAUGGGUAUCGCACAGAUACCGUCCACAUUCGUAGAGCAAGGAUCUCGCAUGAACCAUUACUACACCAAUGAAAUUACUAACGGAAGCGGCAGCCUCGACUGCUCUACACACUUCUCGAAUUCCAACAUUUACUCUCAGAGCUUGCAGGAAUCAGCUAAAUCGGCGGUUAUACUUGUUUUCAUUCCAAUCAUCAUUUUUGUCAUCAAGCCUUUAUACACUAAGUGGACAAGAUCAGACUUCACUAUGUUAGUACGAAUUCGAUACGGACUAGUGUUCGCAGUUCUAGCUUCUAUAGCGGCACUCGUUGUCGAGUGGCAAAGGAUUCACUGUGCCGGUUGUCGUCAUCGCUUCAACCAAACUAACCCAAUCUUACUGAAAAGAGGAAACGCAAUUAUUGUUGUUUUGAUUUCGCCACUCAGUGUGCUCUACCAAAUCCCUCAAUAUGUUCUCUUCGGUAUGGCCGAAGCCUUUGCACUAUUAGCUGCGUGGGAAUUCGUUCUAUCUCGAUCACCACAAGAAUUUCGAAGUCUUUCUUUCAGUGUUUUGAUCAUGAUGUUGGGCAUUGGUACUUACCUGGGCUCGGCAGUGGUCGCCAUCAUCGAGCACUUUAACUAUUACUACGAGCCCUUCUAUAUCCCUACGGAUGGGAAACUAACUCGUCGCAAACUGAGAGAAUUGACGCAUCGAGCAGUAACAUCCAAGGCAUACGUUUACUACAUCGUCCUCACAGCAGCCAUGUCGAUUACUCUAGUAAUUUAUGUUUGCGUUGAAUACAAGCACAAGGAUGUGGUCCGCGUAUCUCGAUUACCAGCGCAUUCCAAGAGACUAGAAACACAUACAGACGUAGAAAUUAGGAACGCAACACGUGACAGCUAAGCUGUAUAGAACUAUAUACAUUGGAAUUAAAACAUAGCUUAUAUAUACUGUAUUAUAGCUUGAGCAACAUUGAAAUUAUAUGAUUAGUUUUCGUGGGUUUAUUGCA